CCAACCAGAAAGCAAACGGUUGGGAGGAAUUGAUUUUGCUGGUAGAAUCAGGCUCCUGCUCUCAUCUGCUACUUCCCCAACCCUGGAGCAUGGGAGGAACCAAAACACAAUUAUGAAAACUUUGUAAUCACAGCUUAACAACCCCUGUCUUUGAAACUUCUGAUUGCCUUCUGUGAGUCCAGCCUGUUAUAUCUAUAUUUUUUACUAAAUAUGCAAGGGUUGAGGGCUUUUUCAGAUGGCUUCAUUUGCCGGUUCCAGCCUUCAGCAGGAGAGGAUGUACAAGUUACAUCGGGACCACGAGUCCAUGCACGCGGAGAUGAUCUUGAUCUUCUUCUGCGCCCUGGUCAUCGCACAGGUAGUGCUGGUGCAGUGGAGACAAAGGCACAGGCGGUCCUACAAUCUGGUGACCCUGUUGCAGAUGUGGGUUGUUCCUUUGUAUUUCACUAUAAAACUUUACUGAUGGUGGCGGUUUCUCUCUCUGUGGGGAAUGUUCUCAGUCAUGACCAGUUACGUCCUCUUCAGAGCUACCCGAAAACCCCUCUCAGGGAGAACGCCACGAUUGGUCUACAAAUGAUUUCUUCUAAUCUACAAACUCAGUUAUGCAUUUGGUGUUGUGGGUUAUUUGGCUAUCAUGUUUACAAUGUGUGGAUUCAAUUUGUUUUUCAAAAUCAGGGCUAGAGAUUCCAUGGAUUUUGGCAUUGUAUCCUUGCUCUAUGGCCUCUACUACGGAAUAAUGGGGAGAGACUUUGCUGAGAUCUGCUCAGACUACAUGGCUUCUACUCUAGGGUUCUACAACAUCAGCGGGAUGUCCACAAGGAGCUUGUCAGACAACAUCUGUGCCGUCUGUGGGCAGGAGAUCAUUGUGGACCUGGACGAAGAAGGAUUCAUUGAGAACACCUACCAGCUUUCGUGCCAUCGUGUCUUUCAUGAAUUCUGCAUCCGAGGCUGGUGUAUUGUUGGUAAAAAGCAGACUUGCCCUUACUGCAAAGAGAAAGUUGAUUUGAAGAGGACGAUCAGUAACCCCUGGGAGCACACGCAUUUUUUGUAUGGACAAAUCCUGGACUGGCUUCGUUAUUUGGUGGCCUGGCAACCUGUGGUGAUAGGAAUAGUUCAAGGCAUCAGCUAUUCACUAGGGCUGGAAUAGUCCAGUGGGCUUACCCUAGAAGCAAUGUAUUGCAUGUUGGAAUAUUUGUCAGUCUUUGAUUCUACAUUUAAUAUUUCUUUUCCUUUUUUUAAUUUUAACAAUGAUCCCAAGAAUCUAGAGAACUGGAUAAUUUCAUGUCACACUUAAAACAAUAUGUCUAUGUGAACAGAAUUUAAAGAGAAGCUGAACAAUGGAAUAAACAAAUAAAGUGUGUUUUUUUUCAUCUUUCCCAUUACAGUUGUUUUCUCACCCGUGCUUGCAACACAUUUUAUUACACCAAACAUCCCACCUCCAGACUGGCCGAUAAUGAUCCUAUCUGAAGAGUGUUUGCAAACAGCUUUGCAAAGUACUUCUCACAUAUGACAUUUAAUUAUAACUAAUAACUAAUAGGUUGACGCAAAUGGUUAAGCGCUCAGCUACUAACCAAAAGGUUAGUGGUUCAAAUCCACCCAGAGGCACCUCAAAAGAAAGGCCUGGUGAUCUGCUUCCAAAAGAUCACAGCCAUUAAAACCCUAUGGAGUACAGGUCUACCCUGAAACACUUGGGGCCGUCAUGAGGCAGAAUCCACUGGACCUCAGAUGGUUAUUUUAAUAUCUUCUCAUUAGUUCAACAUCUUCAGAGAAGUCGGUAGAAAUUGUUAGGUCCUCUAUGGUUAAAGAUAGGGUCUUUUCUGCUUUAUGUGCUUGGAACCAUGUGAUGUUUGGGCACAGAGGGAAUUACCCCCAAAGCCUCUGACACCAGGUGCCAUGGGUCCCUCUGUGGGCCAAGUUGCACUGAGCCUCCUGGGGCUGCCAAAAGCACUCACCCCCCUCCAGGAUCUGCUGUACACACACAGACGCGCACGUACAUUCUAGUGCCUUACUUUGCUUUCAGUUUCUUCAUAGCAUUUAUCAACAUCUGAAAUUAUACUAUAGACGUAAUUUAUUUAUUGUUUGUCUUCCCCACUAGUUUCACAAACUGAAUUUUGUUUGGUUUGCUCUCCACCAUUUCCACAGCACUUAGAACAGUGCUUGGCACAUAGUAAGCACUCAAUAAAUAUUUGUUAAAAGAAUGAUUUAAUCCAG